AUGGAUACGUAUACAAAAAACGGCUCACUGAGCCUUCCAGCCAGCAGUGCAAUCAUUGAUUCUAAUACCCGAACUCUUUCUGUACUUCACACCAUUAUCUAUCAGUCUGCGACUCAUCUCAUCUGGAUUAUAUCAGCUUUGGCUGUUGUGUCGGGUUGGAUCGCGAUUAUUGAUUACAAGGCUUCGCUACGAGAUCGGAAGAAAAAGCUCAACCUGCCAGUUCUCAAUCUUCAGGCUGGAGACUUUGGUCGCGCUUCGCGUGAGUGGCAGUACGAUUAUGAGAAGUACAUGAAAGAAGGUUAUAGAGAGUAUCGACACGGUGCUUACCAGCUCUGGAGCCCCGACGGUUACGUGACAGUCGUUUCCCCCGACUUUCUCAAUGAACUCAAAAACAUGCCGGAUAACAUGUGUGACUUUUAUUCCGGCGCGGCCAACGCGGUCCAAGGCAAACACAAGUUCUUUGAUCUAUCAGGAAAAGCCCCCAUCUUCGCUCUCAAGUCAAUGAUGACGCCCAAGCUCGACGAACUUUUGCCUGGAAUGUUGGAGGAGGUAGAGUACGCCACUAAACUGCUGCUUCCGGCCGAAACUGAUGUGUGGCACGACGUGAAAAUAAGCGACGAGUAUGCUCGAAUAGUCGGGUACAUGACCGGGAGAUUGUUCUUCGGAACCGAGCUGAAUCGUCAAGAAGAUUGGUUGCAAGGGAUUAUCGCCUUUCCGGACAACGUCUUCCGCGCCGCGCGUAAGUUGCGACGUACACCAGCGCCACUCAGGCGCCUUCGUCUACCCUUCUUGAGAGAGAUACAGAAAACAGUAUUUCUCCUCUACAAGGCAAGGUCAGUUUUGGUACCUCUUUUGCAGGACAGGACCUCUGGAAAUGAGAAAGAGCGCUCAGAUGAGCCGCAUUUGGACUUCUUACAGUUCGUUCUGGAAGCAUCGCAUCGCGAAUCUAAGCUACCUACGCUUGCACGCCAGUCGGAACAGAACAUGAUUAUCAUGCUAGCGGGCAUUCACACCACCACCAUUGCAGGCAUUCAUAUGCUGUAUGAUCUUGCAGCUAUGCCACACUUCAUUCAGCCGCUGCGUGACGAGAUCAAUGGUCUGUGGGACGAGUGCGCUGGGCACCUCACCAAGGCUUCCAUGCGUAAAAUGGUAAAACUUGACACCACAUUUGACCGGGUGAUUACAGCUCCCGAAGGCAUCGUCUUGUCGAACGGGCUCCAUCUGCCAAAGGGAACUGUGUUAACGGUUCCAUCCUCCCAAGUUUCGAUGGAUCCCAACGUAUGGGCCAACCCCGAGGAAUACGACGCUUUGCGGUUCGCCAAAUUGCGUGAGGUACCGGGUGCUGCCAACAAUUACCAGUAUCCUACGUCCACCGAAGAGUCCCUCCACUUUGGCGCUGGACAGCGAUGGGUGUCCACUAUUGAAAACAAAGCGAUCCUGAGUUAUAUGAUCCGACACUUUGACUUCAGGUUGAUUGACCCAAAGCAGGGCCGACCGAAGAACUUGACAUUUGGGCCCAACGUGUCUCCUGAUGACAGUGCGAAAAUUGCGAUACGCAGAAUUCGUCCACAUAUGAUGUAG